AUGUGGCACUAUAUUCUCCUAGGAUUUCUGCUAUUCCUUGCGACUUUCGGAGUGACAGGACUUAUAGUUUUUCCAGCUUCGAUAAUUCUAUUUCUCCUUGGGUAAGAAUGUUAUAUUUACAUGGAAAAUGUAGAAAAUUUCAGCGCGCUUUACGUAGCCUAUUCACACGGUCAAAAUGAAGCCAAAAACUUGGAGAAAAAACUGAAAGAAGUGCUAGCCACUGCCAAAUUUCAAUCAGGCAUCGAACAAUUGCUAAAAAACAAAGAUCGGCUAAACGAGAUGAAUCAAUAUACCGAAGAACUGCAUUCAAUGGCAAAUAGCCCAGUUCUUGAUCAAGUUUUGGAGCAAAUGUUGGGUUAUAUAACACGAGAUUAUAUUGGAAGUUGGUACAAAAAUAUCACAAAUGAUGCGAUUUUUGAGAAAAGUUUGAAGAGAACUUCAAGAAGAAGUAUUGCGAGUUUAGUGCAGUGUUUGAGACAAGUUGAUUGGGUUCCACUUUUGACUCAUGACGUGGUUGAUGAUUUUGCAUCGCAUUUGAGAUUGUAUCGAAAAGCCAAAGAGAAAACUGAGAAACUUUCACAGGAAAAAGAGAAAAAAGGAAAUGAGGAACUUCUAUCAAAUUUUUUCGAUUUUGAACUUGAGAUGGAAAAAACAUUAUGUCGAGAUCUACUUAGCACAACUCCACACUAUGAAAAUGCCUACUUACACGAUCUUGUAGACAUCAUUUUGUAUCUGAUUAUGCCACCUGAAGAUUUUCGAUGCAGACCUCUUCGAUUUUUGCUGCGCGAAGUUGUGGUGGGCAAAGUUUUGUUGCCAACUUUGGAUUAUUUGAGCGAUCCGAAUGAGAUUUUUCAGUUGAUUGUUUGGCUGGUAAGAUUUUCUGGGGAAGCUGGUGAGAUUUAGGGCUGAAAAUCUGAAUUUCAUAGAAUUUCUUAGUUGAGCUUAACCUCAAGAUCUAAAAUUAAAAUUUAAAAAGAUCAACGUGGAUUUUUGGCUGAAAAUUUCAAGCUGAAAUCCAAAAUUUUGAAAAGUUCAUUCGAGUUUUUACGGAAAUUGGUAAUUUUUCAAGCAAUCUUUCAUGAAAAACCCAAAAUUUCGACUCAUUUUCCGCCAAAAUCAACUUUUUUGCAGUUCUCCGAAGUCGAGCCAAAACCCGAAGACUUCAUCCUGUGCCUAGAAAACAGUACAAGUGUCGAGGAGCUCGAGGCGAUUUUCCAGAGCAUUUUGGACGAAAAAACAGUGAUGCGUGGCAAGGAUUCGGGCGGUGCUGAAGACACUUUUGUAAGGCAACAAUUGGCGAGUUUGCAGUUUGUUGAGAAUUUGAUAAAGAGGAAAAUGGCGGUGUUGACCAAUGGUGGAAUGGAUUCGAAGAGUUUUGGGGUGAGAUUUGGAGCGGUUUGAUAUCAAAUAUGGUCUAGAAAAUCUAUUUUUACGAUUUCCUGGCCAUCCUGAUCAUUUUGGUAUAAAAUAUGGCCUAGAAAAUGUAAAAAUUUUCUAGGCCAUAUUCAGGCUCAAAUUGUUCAGGCUGGCCUAGAAAACCAAAUAUAGGUAGUUUUGAAACAAAAUUUGACCUAGAAAUCUAUUUUUACGGUCAUCCUGAUCAUUUUGAUGGCCUAGAACUUCUAAAAAUUGGUUUUCUAGGCCAUAUUCGGUAUCAAAACCAUCAAAAAACUCGGCCGCGGCCUAAAAAACCAAACAUUUUCCAGUCCCGCCUCAACGAAGACAACGAUCAACUGGUGCAACUUCCAAUCCACGUGGUUUUGACGAAUUCCAUCGGUGUCUCGUAUUUUAUCGAUUUUCUGAAGUCGGUCGGCGGACAAAAUUAUAUUGAUUGUUAUUUGGCGAUUGAGGUUGGUCAGAGGGUUUUUUGGCGGGAAAUUAGAAAAAACUGAAUUUAUCGCAAAAUUUCUAAUCUAAAUUUUUUUCAGGGCUUCAAAGUCUCAGUGGAGCACCAAAUGCGAACGCUGGCAAAUGGUGAACUAGUAGACCGUGAUGCCUAUGAAACAAUAAAAGAAGCCGCCCAUUUCAUGUAUCAACAAUAUUUAUCAGAAGAAGCCAUAACUCGCGUUCCCCUCGAUGAAAAAUACGUGGCAAAAUUCCUGUCUCGACUCAGAAACGAUGAGCCAAGUGAUGUUUGGUUCGAGCAAAUUCAGGAGAAAAUUGUGGAAGUCCUCACGGCUGACGAUCAUUUUUACCCGGCCUUCAAAAAAUCGGCACACUACUUGAGAAUGUUGCAAGAGUUGGGGAUUAUUGAGGAGGAACGAAGUGAAACGCCGAUUUCGGAGGAUUUUGAAGUGGCUAGUAGUGUUGGAUCGAUGAAUUCGUCGAAUUUGGAGCCGAGAGAGGAGAGAAAGGUGAGAUUUUUCGAUUUUUUCCUGAAAAAUUGUGCAUUUUGAUACCAAAUAUGGCGUAGAAAACCGAAAUUCAUGAUUUCUAGGUCGUCCUGAUUAAUUUGAUAUGAAAUAUGACAUAGUUUUGGUUUUCUAGGCCGUGGCCUAAUUUUUGAUACUAAAUUUUGGCCUAGAAAACUGAUAAUUCGAAUUUCUAGGCCACCCUGAUCAAUUUGAUACCAAAAAGCCCCGCAAAAACUUGGAUUUCUAGGCCGCGGACUAGUUUCUCUAUUUCAUGGCCUAGAAAACCAAUGUUCUAUUGAAAAAACUGAAUUUUCACGGGAUUUUGAUGGAUUUUACACAAACUUAUCAAAAAUUCAUGAUUUUCAGCUCAAUUUUAACCAAAAAUUGCAUUUUUCCAGCCUUCCCUCGAUGAUUUGCCCCCAAUUUCUUCGCCAUUAGCCGACGAGCCUGUAAUGACUGCCACAGUCGAAACUCUCGGAAUUGGACAGCAAGGAAAAACGUCGUUUGCAUUGUACAAUGUUCGAGUCAAUCGAACUGUCAACGGACAGAAAAUCAGUGGUUGGAAUGUUUUGCGACGAUAUUCCGAUUUUCAUACGCUGCAUUCGGUGUUGACGCAAAAGGUAAGGUUAUUCUGAUCAUUUUGAUACUAAACAUCACAGCAAAUUUUUCACUACGCAUUUUCUCAUUGCACAAUUUCACGUGUCGCUACAGUAUUUUCGCAAAAAAAUUUUUUUUUUUUGUGUUUUUUUUCACAAAAAAUGUGUUUUUGAAGCCGAAACCGAAGGAAACAUGCUCAAACUACAUUUUUAGAAGUAGUUGAUAAUUUUUCAAGUAGUAAUAGUUUUUUGAAUCAAAAGUUUAUUGUCUUUCCUGGGAAAAUCGAGAAAAAUAUGGAGAAACGUCAUUUUGAGCGGAAUUAGAAGAUUUAUAAGCAAUUUUCUGUCUUCCGGACCUCCCUCAACCCUUCUUUGCUCGAUUCUGAUAGUGAAAAAUCAACUUUUCCCUGAAAUUCGGGUUCAAAUCCUCAAAAAAACGAGUAAAAACAGGAUUUUAUUAGGCACCGCCCAGAUGUGUGUGCCGCGUGAAAAACACAUUCUGCAAUGAUUUUUUUAUUUGAGGUCACGUAGAAAAAAAAUUGCUGUGAACAUGGCCUAGAAAACCAAUUUUCUUGAUUUUUAGGCCAACAGAUCAUUUUGAUAUUGGAUAUGGCCUAGAAAUUCAAUUUUUACGAUUUCUAGACCAUAUUCGGUUUCAAAAUGGUUAGGAUGGCCUAGAAAACCAAAACUAGGCCAUGUUUUGUACCAAAAAUCGGUAAAAUUGGUUUUCUAGGUCACAUUUGAUAUCAAAAUAAUCGGAAAAACCAAACACACCUGAAUUUAGCCUAACUAUCAUUCAAAAAUUAAUUGCAGUAUCCCAAACUGGCUUCUCUCUCAUUUCCCGGCAAAAAAACCUUCAACAACCUCGAUCAACAUUUUCUCGAAAAACGUACGCGAGCCCUAAAUCAAUAUCUGGAUUGUGUUCUGCAGCCCGGAUUUUUGAGAAAUUAUCCGGAACUCGAAAAAGUUAUCUACGAUUUUUUGUCACAAAAAGAAUAUACGGGAACCAAAGGCGAACCGCUGACCAAGAAAAUGAUGUCAGCCAUAUUUGACCCUGUGAAAUUGGGUGUGAAAGCUGUGGGAAGUACGGUGAUGGCAGUUCCUGAUCAGGUUUAUGGAGGUGUUAGCAAAGUUGGAGCUGGAAUUGGAAAUGCGGCCAAAAUUAUUGGUGGAGGCGGAAAUUCGAGUGGACAGUUGAGAAAUGCGGAGACUGAUCGAGUUGCUGCCAGUUUACCGGAUACGGUUGGUUUUUUUGGUGAAAGAUUUUGAGAUCCCGCGCAGGGGAACUUAUCGUCAAUUUUUUGUUGGCCCCAAAAACCCCCCAUUUUUUUCCAGGACUCUGAAAAUAUUCCCUUCCGUGUUCUUCUUCUUUUUGUCGACGAGGUUUUUGGUGGAAAAUCGAGAAAUGCUUGGUUUCGACGACAAAUGGUGAGAAAAUUGACACUUUUCGCGCAAAAAUCUGAAAUUUUUUCCUUCAGGUAAUUGUCAUUCGCCAAUUUGUCACACCAUUUGGAACCUCAAUCAAUAAUCGAAUAAUUGAUGUUGUUAAUUGGCUAACUUCGGAACAACAAGUUACUGGAUAUUUGAAUGCGUUUAGGUAAGCAUUUUUGGCGGGAAAUUUUGGAUUUUUCAUGAAAUUCUGAUCAUUCUGAUCAUUUUCAGUCAAAAAUUCAAUUUUCUGGCCAUACCACGCCCAGCUUCGUGCAAAUUAACUUUUAAAAUUGGCGGUGUGGGUUUUGAAAAUUUUUGGCGAGGUGAAAACAACCUUUUUGACUGAAAAAUACGACUUUUUAACGGAAAAACAAGCAAAAAAUUUGCUGUUUUUCAAGAAAAUCUUAAAUUGGCGACGUGAAUUUCCGUAUUUUUUCAUUGGCGCCGUGCAAAUGCCUCACCCUGGGCGUGGUAUGUUUCUGGCUCAAAACUCAACAUUUGCACGUGGCAAAAUCCAGCCUGAAAAUUCCACGUGUCAAAUGCAAUUUUCCAGCCAAAAGCAACAUUUUCUCCUUUCAGAGAUUCAAUGUGGCCAUCUGGUCAAUUGGCCCCCGAAAUCCCCCCAAAACCCGCCAGUUUUCAUCACCGCUGUCGAAUUUUGGCCAAAACGUUGAUGCUCUCAACGUUGCCCGAUGAAUUGAGAAUGAUUCUUGGCUCCGAUCCAACAUAUCAGGGAAUCGAUUUGAUCACUGAAGCAUUCCAAAAUCGAAAUCUGAAUCGGCGCCUUUUAUAUGUGUUAUUGGAGCGCGUGUUGUGCAAUGUGUUCCCGCAAAAUCGAUUUGAAAAAAUAUUCGCGCAAUUGCACUCGAAAUCGCCGAGAACUAAGAAAAUGUAG